AUGAAUUCCACCAACGACAAGGCUGAAGCAGUGGCCCUCAAGAACAAGGGCAACAAAGCAUUUGCCGAACAUGACUGGCCGACUGCCAUCGACUACUAUACAAAAGCAAUAGAGAAAUAUGAUGCCGAACCGUCCUUCUUCUGCAAUAGAGCUCAGGCCAACAUCAAGCUGGAGGCCUAUGGCUACGCGAUAGCGGACGCCACCAAAGCCAUCGAACUCGACAAGAACUACAUCAAGGCAUACUGGAGACGUGCAAUUGCGAAUACCGCCAUACUCAACUCCCAAGAUGCGCUCCGAGAUUUCAAGACGGUCGUCCGGAAAGAGCCCAACAACAAGGAGGCCAAGCUAAAGUUGGCGGAAUGCGAAAAGCUGGUCAAAAAGAUACAGUUCCUCAAGGCCAUCGAAGUGGCAGACCCGCCGUCGGCGUUCGAAGAUCUCGACCUUGAUUCUAUGGUGGUGGAGGACACAUACGAUGGGGUCCGGUUAAAAGACGAAAUGACACAAGAGUUCAUUGAUGAUAUGAUCGAGAGAUUCAAGAACGGCAAGAAAAUCCACCGCAAAUAUGUCUUCCAGAUCAUCAAGGCAGUAAGAGACAUUGUCUACGAUGAGCCAACAAUGGUUGAAACCGAAGUGGCCCAAGACACGAAGUUGACGGUCUGCGGUGACACUCACGGACAAUACUUUGACUUGCUGGAGAUUUUCCGACUCAACGGCUACCCGUCGGAUGAGCAUGCCUAUCUGUUCAACGGCGACUUUGUGGAUCGUGGUUCCUGGUCGACUGAGAUUGCGCUGCUGCUAUACUCCUACAAGUGGCUGAGGCCGUCUUCAUUCUUCCUGAAUCGCGGCAACCACGAGACCGACGACAUGAACCGCGUUUACGGCUUCGAAGGCGAAUGCAAGGCCAAGUACAACGAAAAGACGUUCAAGCUGUUUUCAGAAUCUUUCUCCGCACUACCCCUGGCCACAUUGAUCGGCAAAAAGUAUCUCACACUCCACGGUGGACUGUUUUCAGAUGAUAAGGUCACACUCGAUGACAUCCGCAAACUCGACAGACAUACACAACGACAACCCGGUCAGCAAGGAUUGAUGAUGGAGAUGCUCUGGACAGAUCCCCAACCGCAAAAUGGAAGAGGGCCCAGCAAGCGAGGAGUAGGCUUACAAUUUGGACCCGAUGUGACGAAGAAGUUCUGUGAAAACAACGGCCUCGAGGCUGUUAUUCGAAGCCACGAGGUCCGAAUGGAUGGCUACGAAGUCGAGCACGACGGGAAGUGCAUUACAGUAUUCUCGGCACCCAAAUACUGUGAUAGCACAGAGAACAAGGGUGCAUACAUCAACAUUGGCCCCGAGCUGAAGCUUGAAUACCACCAGUUCGAAGCUGUACCUCAUCCCGAUAUCAAGCCUAUGGCAUAUGCACAAAAUUCGUUGAUGUCCAUGAUGUAG